UUGAAUUUAUUUUUAACAGUUGAUAAGUUAUACUUUUAUAAAAAAAAAAAAACAACUUACUCAGAAUGCUAUAGCACAUGACUCAAUUUUUUGUUUUUCAUAAGUAUUUAGAUCAGUUUUCAGUUUUGCGGAGGUUAUUUUGCUACUUUAUUUCUAAUUGUGAACACGUAACUUGGUUUAAAACCGUAUAUACUUACAGAAUAGCAUACAUCAUUUGAAUUCAGUUGCCUAUCAUAUUAAUUUCCUUUGCAGAAAAUGCGGAUAUUGUUAAUUGCAGUUCUUUUUCUGUUGAUGCCAAAAUCAAAUGCCGAAAUUCCCGGUUGCGACUUCUUCGACACCGUAGAUAUUUCAAAAGCGCCAAGAUUCUCGAACGGAUCGUACCUCUACGAAGGCUUGCUGAUCCCCGCCCAUUUGACAGCUGAAUAUGACUACAAGCUCCUGGCCGACGAUUCGAAGGAGAAGGUGGCGAGCCACGUACGAGGAUGUGCCUGCCACCUCAGGCCAUGCAUCCGGUUUUGUUGCCCCCAGUACCAAAAGAUGCAAAAGAGCAAGUGCUAUGGCGACAUGUCGGAGGACGAGCUGAACAAGCACGAUCCCUUCGUGAACGUGACGCUCAGCGACGGGUCGGUGGUCAGGAGACACUUCAAGGAGGAUCUGAUCGUGCAGUCGGAUCUGGCCAAGCCCGGAUGUCCCCGGAUGUACUUUUUGAAUCACGAACUGCCGGGCAAUGAAUUCACUCUGUUUGAGAACGGCUCUCUUCUGCGUCACUGGGACAAAGUGGAACUGAGCAAGCGGGAGUACUGCGUCCAGCAUCUUUCAUUUAAGGAUGAUAGUAUCCGAAUUGCACCCCACUUCUGUCCACUUUCGUCUGAGCACUCCAGAACGUGGAAGACCGUUGCGAUAGUGAUAUCCUUGAUAUGCAUAAUCCUAACGAUCAGCGUGUACCUCUAUGUCGAGAAGCUUCGCAACCUGCACGGAAAGUGUUUCAUCUGCUACUUGGCCUCUUUGUUCUUGGGCUAUUUCUUCCUGGUCCUCAACGUGUGGAAAUACUCCUCCGGCUUCUGCGUUACAGCAGGGUUCCUGGGCUACUUCUCCGUCAUGGCCGCGUUCUUUUGGCUUUCUGUGAUUGGAAUCCACUUGCGGAUUAAGUUUAGUCUAGCCUCUAACUGUUUGCACCGAUUGCUGCCAGAAAAUCCGUUCCGUGCAUACAACUUAUACGCCUGGGGUAUACCGCUAAUCAUGACUGCAAUCACCUAUACAGCUGACCAGGUGGUUAAGAACGAGAAGUUGAGACCCCGCGUGGGCGUCGGCAAAAAUUGUUGGAUCUACACUGGCGAUAUGACUGUCAUGAUCUACUUCUAUGGCCCGAUGCUGUUGCUAAUCGCUUUCAACAUAAUAAUGUUUGUCCUUUCGGCGAUUUACAUAUAUAACAUAAAGAAAAAUGUGAAAGGCCUUGUCCACAAGCAACAAACAAACCAACAGAUAAAUGACCAACAAAUGUUUGCUAUAUUCCUGCGACUUUUCAUCUUAAUGGGUUUGUCGUGGAGCUUUGAGAUAUUAUCCUUUUUGUUAACCAAACAGCAAGCUUGGGCUAGGGCUUUAAUGGUGGCUGACUACUUUAAUUGGUCCCAGGGUACCAUCAUAUUCGUGCUUUUUAUUUUAAAGCCUAGCAUUCUAAAACUUAUAAUAGCAGGGGGACGUCAAAACCUCCCAGGAAGUCACCAUAAUUCGAGAUCAAAAGCAGCUCGAUAUAAUUCAACUCAUACGGCUUGUGAAGGAUCAAUUGCGGAUCCAAACGCUUACUGCUAAAAAAAUGGAAUUCAAUAAGAUGCAACGUCUCUGUUAUUGAUCACAUUAUUUUAAUUUUCUAUGGAGCAAAAGUUUAAAAAAAAUAUUUGUUAUCAAGACAAUAAAUAAUGUCUUGGAACAU